AACAAAGACUACAAAAAGUUUUUCUGGCAAAUUUUCUAUAAAUAUAAAUUUAUCCGCGUCGUUUGCACAUGUGAUGAUCCUUUUACGUUAAAAUUAUUCCCUAAUUUUUUGAGGCCCCAAAACCCUCUCCUUUUGCAAUUUGAUCCUCCCGCAAUCAAAAUUCGUGAACUACAAUCAACAUUUAGCUCAGCUGUGGGCUAUGUCUUCGUUUAAUUGAAUUUCUGUCUUCCUGAAUUGAGAUUUCUCAUAGUUUUUGUCCGUGAACUGAAAAUACCUAGCUCGUAGUUGUUCGAAUUCAUGUUUUCGAAUCGAUUAUGUUUUUAUCUGUGUAAGGGCGGCGGAAGUGAACUCGAUUCUUCGUCCCAUUGGUGUUUUGCUUAUUGGGUUCUUGUAAUUUAAUGAUUUUGCAAUCGAAUUCAAAUACUACACCCCUUUGCUGUGAUUUUUCCCAGAAAAAGCUGUUGGCUUUUUCUUCAACAUCUCUCCGUCCCCCUUGCAGCUUCUUCUCCUGUAGUGAUAAUAAUAGCUGCUAUCAUGACCAUUAUCGACGCAGAAACAUCAUAAUCCCGAAAAAAAGGAUAAUAAAAAAUGUGAGAUGGGCAAUCCUCCAGGUUCAAGCUUGCAUCAAUGGUGGGAAUACCCAAUCCCACUUCAAAAUAGAUCCCAAUAACUUGGCUACCAGACGGGGAGCAAAAAACAUAGUCUUGAAGCGAUUUUCCGGUGAUGAAUUCGAUGACAGUUCAUCCAAUGAAGCUACAGGUAGUAGUGGUAGUAAUACAAAUGGUAAUUAUUACAGUUCCAGUUUUGCAGAAGACCCCAUUGUAGAUAAGCUGAGAACUCAGCUGGGGGUGAUACAUCCAAUCCCAACUCCUCCUCAGAUAAACCGCAACAUUGUUGGCCUUUUUGCUUUCUUCUUUUUCAUAGGGGUUGUUUUCGACAAGCUAUGGACCUCUCGGAAGAGGAACACGAAUAUAACCAGUAAGCCUGGGAGUUGGCCACAGGUGCCUGCCAACCUGUCCAUGUUUCUUGAGAAGGAUUUGCAGAGGAAAGAGUCUGUAGAGUGGGUGAACAUGGUGCUGGGGAAGCUAUGGAAGGUCUACAGAGCUGGAAUUGAGAAUUGGAUCAUUGGCUUGCUGCAGCCAGUCAUUGACGAUCUCAAGAAGCCAGAUUAUGUGCAGAGGGUGGAGAUUAAGCAGUUUUCUCUUGGGGAUGAGCCCUUGUCCGUCAGGAGUGUUGAGCGUCGAACUUCUAGGCGGAUCAACGAUUUACAGUACCAGAUAGGCCUCCGCUACACUGGUGGUGCAAGAAUGCUUUUAAUGCUGUCACUCAAAUUCAGCAUUCUUCCCAUCGUCGUGCCAGUGGGUGUGCGAGACUUUGACAUUGAUGGAGAACUGUGGGUCAAGUUACGAUUAAUUCCAUCAGAACCGUGGGUGGGAGCUCUUUCCUGGGCAUUUGUUUCUCUUCCAAAGACAACAUUCGAAUUGUCACCAUUUCGCUUAUUCAAUCUAAUGGCAAUUCCUGUCCUGUCAAAGUUCUUGACGAAACUUCUUACUGAGGAUUUACCUCGGUUAUUUGUGCGCCCAAACAAGAUUGUUCUAGAUUUUCAGAAGGGAAAAGCUGUUGGACCUAUUCCAACUGAUUUGAGAUCUGGAGAAAUUCAAGAGGGAAAUACCGACUUUGCUGGAGAAUUGUCAGUGACUCUUCUAGAUGCAAGGAAACUCACUUAUAUUUUCUAUGGCAAAACAGAUCCUUAUGUUGUUCUAAGAUUGGGAGAUCAAGUAAUACGUAGUAAAAGGAACAGCCAAACUACUGUCAUCGGGCCUCCUGGUGAGCCAAUCUGGAAUCAGGAUUUUCACAUGUUAGUUGCCAACCCUAGGAAAGAAAAAUUAUACAUUGAAGUAAAGGAUUCUCUUGGAUUUGCAGAUUUGACUGUCGGUACCGGUGAGGUUGACCUUGGAUCUCUGAAAGAUACUGUUCCAACAGACAGGAUUGUGGUACUACGAGGAGGGUGGACCCUGUUUGGAAAAGGUACUGCUGGAGAAAUCCUACUGCGGUUGACAUAUAAAGCAUAUGUGGAGGACGAAGAGGAUGAAAGAACUGAAAAAAGAACUGUGGAUACGGAUGCUUCAGAUGAUGAGUUUUCUGAUGAAUCAGAUGCUUCAACAUCUGAGCAGAGUGGGAAGGAUUACUCGAUUGGAACAGAUGCAGAAUCUUUCAUGGAUGUUCUAGCAGCUUUAAUUGUAAGUGAAGAAUUCCGAGGGAUAGUGACAUCAGAAACAGUGAAUACCAAGUCUCCAGAUGCAGGCGCUAAUACUGAAACAGCACCGAAAUUGACUUCUGGAUCCGGCCAGGAAGUUUCAAAAAGUAAUUCUGGUAGUUCUAGAGGGUCGGCCUUAUUUUGGCUUGCUGUGAUUACAAGUAUCUCAUUCCUUAUAGCUAUGAACAUGGGAGGCUCUGGUUUAUUCAAUCCUUGAUGUGAUAUAGGUCAUGUGAAAUUGCUAAAGAGGAUAGGCAAGAUUGCAGCUUGAUUAUCUUGAAGAGUGGCACGAGUUGAGUGCUAAUUCCUUCUAAUUAAACUCCCCAUAUAACUGGAAAGGAAAAUGGAGAAACAGAGAAGAACUAUCCACUGCUUUUUCCUUAAUAGAUUAAUGAAUUUAGGCAGAGAAAUUGUUGCCCCGGCAAAUUUUGGGCACUUUUUUAUACCUAUCAUGGAUUGCUUUGUAUCAUAAAUUUAGCCCCUGUUUGGGCUUCAUUUUAAUUGAAUGCAUUUUUUUAUUCUUCA